AUGAAGCUCACUGUCCUCGUUCUAACAGCCGUCGCCGCUGUCGCUAUUGCCGGUGGCGGCAGUAAAAAGAGCGACGACGCUCUCUGCGCCGCGUGCAGGGAGGUGUACGUGCCUUGCAAGCAUAAAUGCGAUACCUCCGAUCGUACCGUGCUUUGCGAAACCUACUGCGAACUUCAGGUGUGCGAUUACAAGCCUCCUGGUUUCGAUAAGCCGUGUCACCCAACCUGCAUCUAUCCCAAGUGCAAGAACAGGCCCGGCCAUGACGAGAACUAG